UCAAUUUACUUCACCUCGUUGGGGCUUUAUAUUCAUCAUCCCCCUCCUUCCCAACCCACAAAAUCUUAUAGAACACAGAUAUGGCGAGGGAAAGGAACAAGCAGGCUUGUUUCAUGUGGGCUUUGGUUGCUGGUUUGCUCUGCCAAAACUUGGUCGUUCCUGUGAUCUCCAUUGACCUUGGGGAGCAGAAAAACUACUAUCCAUCACCAGACCCUCAUGCAGGAACUCCCCCCUCAGGUUCACAUGGAACACCACCUUCCCACGGUUCAGGUGGUGGCACGCCUCCCUCUCAUGGAGGUGGUUACCACCAUACACCAUCAACACCAUCGACGCCUUCAGGUGGAAACUGUGGAACCCCACCACAUGAUCCAUCAACUCCAUCGACACCGCCACGAACUCCUUCGCACGGGAGUCCCCCAUCGUACGGAGGUGGCAGUCCUCCAACUUACGGUGGUGGAAGCCCUCCAACACCAGUAAUUGUAAGCCCGCCAACUCCCAUUAUCGAUCCAGGAACUCCAAGCACUCCCACAUCUCCAUCAUAUGGAGGUGGAAGUCCGCCAACACCAGUAACUGUGAGCCCGCCAACUCCCAUUAUCGAUCCAGGAACUCCAAGCAUUCCCACACCUCCAUUCUUUCCUGCUCCAACUCCAACAAUCGGCGGUACAUGCGAUUUCUGGAGGAAUCACCCCACACUGAUAUGGGGUCUGCUGGGUUGGUGGGGAACUUUAGGCAGUGCAUUCGGUACGAGCGGCGUUCCUGGGUUGGGAGCAACCAUGAGCUUGCCCCAAGCACUUUCAAACACACGUGCCGAUGGACUUGGGGCGCUUUACAGGGAAGGAACCGCCUCGUUUCUCAACUCCAUGGUGAAUCAUAGGUUCCCAUUCUCGACUAAGCAAGUGAGGGAGAGUUUUGUGUCGGCACUUGGUUCAAACAGUGCUGCUGCAGCUCAGGCUCGUCUCUUCAAGCUCGCCAAUGAAGGCCACCUCAAGCCCAGGACCUAAGCAAAACACCUUGUAGUGUGUCAGUUUCUUGUAACAUUUUAUCCACUAAUGUGUGCUACUUAGAUUUUAUGUUCCUAGUAUUUGAACAUCUAUAUUGCCUACAGAUUUCAUUUGGAUCGAUACUGUGCCUAGAACUAAAUGUUAAGUUUAUGCUUUACUAUUGUUAAAUAAGAUUUAUUUUGCUUCAAUUUCCUUUAAA